AAUAAGAUUUUAAUAACAAUUUGAAAAUUUCUUUAGAGUUUUUCAAGAUUUUCUUAAUUGUCUAAAAAAUUGAUUUUUUCUUUUAUAUUCGGAAUUUUGGAAUAGUUCUUAUUAUUUUUUAUAGAAAAGAUAAAGAAUUUUUUAUUUUUAGAUCCCUUUUAGAGUACUUCUUUUAUUGAAUAUAUUUUUAUUUUGGAAAUCAGAAUUUAUAAAAAGAAUGUAUAAGAAUUAUAGAAAGAUUAUACCUUAAUAGAGUUAAUAAGUUGGAAUAAGUAGAUAUUUAGGAAUAAGAAGCAAAGAAUGGCUAUUACUAAAGAAAUAAGAUAUUAAGAUUAUUAUUUAUUAUAAUAAGAUACUUUUAUUUAGAAUUACUUUCUAGGAAACUGUAGAAUAUUGUAACCUUUUAAAAUUUAGCUUAUUAUUUAGAAGAUUGAUUUAGAACCUCUUAAUUUUAGUAUAAUAUUGUUGUUUUAGCUUACUUUUAUUAUAAAUGAUUUUUUCUGAAAUGAAAUAAUGCUUUACUUUAGAAAUUAAGUGAU